AUGCGCUUGAGGUCAGCAUUGGUGCCACGCGCCAUCCUUUCUCCAACGUCCAAGUCGAAAGCACCAUUCCCAGUGGUAUCUCGGAUAGCAUUUAUACGACACAAACGUUACAUUGCCUUUGAUUCGGACCUCGAUAAGGACGCCCUCGCCGUGGCGCGGAAAUGGCAUGCGUCCUUUGAGCCAUCUCAGCUGCCAAGUGGCACGACAACAUAUGCUCGAUCCAGCGGCCCAGGCGGCCAACAUGUCAAUAAAACCGAGACAAAAGCCAUCUCCGUGUUCCCUGUCAAGGAUCUUCUAGCCGUCAUCCCGCCCGUCCUUCACCCCAGCCUACGCGUGUCGCCGUAUUACACGGCUAGCAGCGAUUCACUCACAUUUCAAGCCCAGACCCAUAGAUCGAGGACAGCAAACGCCGACGAGAAUCGUGAAAAGUUGGUUUCUGUUAUCAAGCAGCUGUAUAACGAAGCCGUGCCCGCAGAAACAAGCAGCGACAAGCAUGCCAAGUACAAAGAGGUAACCAAGCGAUUCCAUGACUCCAGGCUCAAGGACAAGAAAAUUAAAGGCUCAAAAAAACAAUCUCGGCGUGGAGGUGACAUGUGA